GAUUUUCUCUCCUACACCUACUCGGCCUUCCAACAUACACAUUCCAGUAGAUACAACUACCACUAGCUUUCCAAACCAGCCUAUCACACCUCAAUCAUCCAACCACACACCACCAGUUCUACCCCAUGACCACGAUCAGACUUCCUCUCCUAUUCUUCCCCACGGCCAUAUUCCGACCCCGUCCCCUGUUCGACCGAGCCCUCCUGUCUGAAGUUCCUGCCACCCAACCUGGUUCUAGCCUGGAGCUGCAGCAGUCCUCGGCUAGUGCACCAGACUUGUCUAGUGCUACGGCCAGCUUACAAAUAAUCACCCAAUCCAAACUCGGGCUAAAUCAGGAAUUUUUAAACCCAAAACUAUUUUUAAUCUCAACACUGUUGCUUUAUCAGCUGAUCCUACUUCUUUUUCUGAAUCAAAUAAACAGCUAAAAUGGCAUGAGGCAAUGGCGGAGGAAUUUAAUGCCCUUAUUUUUAAUAAUACUUGGGAUUUAGUUCCGUUUGAUAAUACUAAAAAUGUUGUGGGCUCUAAGUGGAUUUAUAAGACUAAAUAUAAUUCUGAUGGGUCUAUUGAGCGUCACAAGGCUCGUUUGGUUGCUCAGGGGUUUAAUCAACAGGCAGGUGUAGACUUUUCUGAAACUUUUAGUCCAGUUAUUAAACCCUCCACGGUUGGUAUUAUUCUUACACUUGCUAUUUCUUUUGGGUGGGUUAUUCGUCAAUUGGAUGUUAAAAAUGCAUUUUUACAUGGUCAUCUGACUGAGGAGGUCUAUAUGCAUCAACCGCGGGGUUUUAUUCAUCCUUUGUUUACUCAUCAUUUAUGUCGUUUGUGAAAAGCUAUUUAUGGCCUUAAGCAAGCCCCGCGGGCAUGGUUUCAUAGAUUUAGUAGCUUUCUCUUAUCUCAUCAUUUUACGUGCAGCAAGUCUAAUAAUUCGUUAUUUAUUUUUCGCCAGAAUAAUAAUGUCAUUUAUCUAUUACUAUAUGUUGAUGACAUCAUUAUUACUGGUAAUUCUUCCGCUGUUGUGACCUCUUUUAUUCAGCUUGUUGUUCAACAUUUUGCUAUGAAAGAUCAAGGAGAUCUUCAUUAUUUUUUGGGAGUCCAGGCUGUCCAAACUCGUAAUGGUUUGUUUCUCUCUCGAUCAACAUAAAUAUGUGUCUGAUCUUCUGUCUCGUUUUCAUCUUCAUACCCUAAAGUCUGUUCGUACUCCACUUGCUUCCCGCACUUCUCUAUCCCUCACUGAUGGUGAACUCCUUGCUGAUGCAACUGAGUAUCGUAGUAUGGUUGGGAACUCUUGAUCAUGAAUUAUGGCUUCAUCCCACAUCUCGGGCUACUUGUGUUAUUGCUUACUCCGAUGCUGAUUGGGCUGGCUGUCCAGAUACAUCUAGGUCCACGACUGGUUUUGCUGUGUUCUUGGGUCCGAAUUUAAUCUCAUGGAAGUUUAAGAAGCAACCUACUGUCUCCAAAUCUUCUACGGAAGCUGAGUAUAUGGCAGUUGCCUAUACUGUUCAGCACACUCUUCAUAUUCGUUCGGUACUAUAAGAGCUCAGUUUUCCUGUUUCUACACCAGUUCAGGUUUUUUGUGAUAAUAAAUCUGCUUCCUAUUUGACGGCUAAUCCAGUUCAGCAUGCCCGUAGCAAGCACAUUCAGAUAGACUACCACUUUGUUCGGGAGCGUGUAGCGCAGCUCAUGGAGAUUUGGUUGUGAAGUAUGUUCCUACUCAGCUGCAGUUAGCUGACAUUUUUACUAAAAGUCUUUCUAGUCAGCAAUUUCAUUUUUUAAAAGACAAUCUGCGCGUUGUUUCUCCCGCACAAUUUGAGGGGAUGUAAUAGAAUAUUACAGGGCGUA